AUGCCGUUUUGGCCGAAGGUAGGGGAGGUAGGGAAGCCGUUGCUGUCCCUACAGCGCAUACCCGGGUGGCCCCAGUCGGAGCGCUGGGGGCCGGUAGCAUGGAUUUUGGCAGGCUGGGCGGCUCCAGCCGACUGGCCGGAGUUCCAGAAGUCGGCUGGGAUUACACCCGAGCGGUUGCUCGAGGGGUUGCAGCGGCUGCGGGCGAACCGGCGGUCUGGGACAGAGCGGCGGGCAAUGGGGGAGCUGGGAUGGCUCCUCCUCACCGCGCUCCGGGCCCAGGACGAGGAGGUGCUCCGCUUGCAGCGGGCCCUGGAGGGGAAAACGUCUGAGUGCACGGCGCUGGUUGAAGCUCAUGCUGUAGCCCAGGAGGUUGUUACCUCCCAGGCGGAACGCGUCCAAGAGUUAACGAGGCGCUGUGAAGUGUUGGUUGCCCGCGUAGCAAACAAGCGGCGCCUCAAGCUGGGGCGCCGGCCGGUAACCAUGGCACAGGUGCGGGCGGUGACCGCGGCCCCUUUUUGGGACCCCGCGGCCUGGGAUGGCAAUAUAUGGGAUUCAUCCUCCUCCUCAGAAGGGGAGGAGGCUGAACCGAAGCUCGUGGUAGCCCGUGCCCGCCCUGUGCGGGAGUUGCGGGCGGAAGAGUGUGGGACAGCGCGGGGAACACUGUCCUACUCCUCCGAAUGGAGCUGCAGCAGCUGGGAGUUCUGUCUCAAGAUUCGCAGGUUUGGAGCCGCAAGCCCCGAGCGAUACGGCAUGGCAUGUUCUAGCGAGCGUAUGGUGGACGAUACCGCAACGCGAUCCACAAGCCGCCGUGGUCCUGGCGACGGGGGAUGGCUGGACUUACAUUCUGUCAGAAGGAGAGGAUUAUCCCCGAAUGGUUUCACUAUCACACUUAUCACAGCGCUCCUUGUAAGGGGAGGCGCCGCGCAAGGCGGUGUGUGGCCAGUGAAUGCCUGGGUGACACUAGCGCAGAGUGCCGUGAAUGCGACAACCUUUUGCCUCCCCCGUGUGUAUGCCGUAGGGGCCCUUAUGGAAACCUGUUUUAUUGGUGUUUGUACUGAUUUGGCAGUGUUGCAACAGCACUCAUGGCUGUUCGCAAUCUCCAAAGAUUUAUCGUACAAAGAAUUGUAUGCCCUAGGUCCCGGAGCUGCCAAAUAUACCUUGGAUGCGAGCAUGUAUUCCUUUCGCCUGGCCAAUGUGACGGCCGCAGGCACGUGUGUGUAUUUUGUUAAUGCCUGGCAUGUGGCAGUGGAUCAUACCAAUGGUGAGUUAUUGUGUCGCCACAAGAGCGAAGUAUCCUUUGCAUAUGGGCAUAUGAAAUUGCCUAUAGGAUGGUUUUUGUUGUGUGGCCGCACUGCAUUUACCUAUGUUCCUGCCAAUAGUUCCGGGGAUCCCUGUGCCAUUGGUCGAGUGGCCCCUCUUCUUUUCCCCCAUCCAUCGGGGGGCGCCAAGGGCCAGUACCGUUACCGGCGGGAGAGCAUUCCCCUGGAUUCUACUUGUAAAGCAGAGAUGCAGGAUCCAUCAUUACUGAUGACCUAGAGCGCCUCCGGCGUCUGGCGGAAGGCAUCCGCCAACAACAGGGGGAUACCUGGCUGUGGUCCUGGCUGUCUUCGUUGCGUGGAUGGACCGCCCAUAUUGUUCAGGGCCUAGUGCUUGGCAUUAUGUGUUUGUUUGGCCUUGUUUGCUUUUAUUUGUGUUGCCUGUGUGGCCGACGCUGUUGCUGUAUAGCGCAUGCCCUUGGGAGGCCUUCGUGGUCCCUGGAGUCGCUUGAGAAAGCGAGGGAAGGAUUGUAGGAGAGCAGGGAUCGGCGGAAGAAAUUGUCACGGCCCAGCUAGGCAUUUCCCUGAGUUCGCUUUCUCAGCUCCGGUUACUAUAGGUCACAGUGCACCAGCCUCAACGAAGCAUGACCGGUUGAGACCGCUCUGUGGGAAAGCCCCUGGCGGUGGGCCACGGGAGGCGGUCCCAGAGGGCGGGUAGUUUUGCCUUGCUAUGUUUUGUGCUGCUCUGCUGCUAGCGAGAUAAAUAGGAGCCCGGUUUAUAUUGGUCUCCGGACUUCGAACCAGGCCAAGUU